CCUUCAGUUGUUGUGCCGCCGUGAAGGAGGACGGUAGCCGUGCGCGCAUACGGAGCACAUUGGUGCCGCUGGCGUUGGAUUCGAGAGACGAGAGAGAGAGUGUUCCAAGAUUUCCCAGUUUAAUAGUUUCGAAAAAUCGUUUUCGAGUGCUUUUUUUUUGUCUGUGCUUUCUGGUUUGCCUGCUGAGCAAUCUGACUAGCGCGCCUCUCGUUCAUGGCUGGCGUUUGGAAUUGUGAAGGUCAGCGCGUCGUCGCGAUCGGACUCCCAUUUCAGUGUGUGUCGUAAUCCGGCCAAGAGAUCGCGUUUGAAAAAGAUACGAAAUCUGUUUGCUCAAGACUUGGUGAAAGAGUACGAUACUACGCAACCGGAGAGUCAUGCACUUCCCAUGCAUCCACUAGCUGCAGUGCAGCAGCGCCGGAAUGUUGGCCGCUGGCAGCAGUGAGAUCACUGACUUUGGGCCACACUCGCGCCAACUAACGGCUGGCACCACGCCCAAACGACCCCACAAGGCCAGCAGCCACCGUCCUGGUUCUGGUACUGGUCCUGGCCCAAUGACAACUGGUGGCACCAGCUCAACCAGCGGUAACGGAAACAGCGGUGGGGCUCUAAACGCCCUUCCCACGACGAAGGUCGGGAGCGGAGGAGGCGCCAUGUCCGCCACAACGGUGACUGCGACGACGGGGAAGGCCACUGUCAGCCAUGGCCAUGGUCAUGGCCACGCUCUGGGGCGCAGCGAGGCGAGGAGCGGUCGGAGCGCUGCAGCUGGACGCUCCAAUGUGGACGGAUUCGUUGGCGGAAUCGAGACGUACUUGGGCCUCAUCGGGUGGCGAAAAAAGUGCCUGUAUACCCUGCUGCUGCUGCUGAUGCUGCUCAUCAUCACGAACCUGGUGCUCACCCUCUGGAUACUCAAGGUGAUGGAGUUCUCAACGGAGGGCAUGGGGCAGCUCAAAAUCGUACCCGGUGGCAUACAGUUGUCCGGACAAGCGAUAAUUAUGGACAUGCUGCGCGCCUCCACAAUCCGUUCGCGGCACGGCCAACCCAUCUCCAUAGAGUCAUCACGUAACUUUUCAAUCAAUACACGUGAUCCGAAUGGCAUGAUUGAGAAUCAUUUAUUCCUGGGACACGAUAAGUUCGAGUGCCUGUCGGCGGGAUUUCGCAUAAACGACACCAACGGACGCAGCCUGUUCUCCGUGAACCGCGAUGAAGUCACCAUCGGAGCACAUGCCCUGCGGAUCGACGGCGAAGGUGGCGCCGUCUUCCGGGAAUCCGUGCAGACGCCCCAUGUGCGGGCCGAGCCCGGCCGAGAGCUGAGACUCGAAUCGCCCACACGCCAAUUGGAGAUGACGGCGGCCAAGGACAUCAAUUUGCAAUCGCGGGCAGGAGGCAUAGAAGUCGUGGCCCUGGAAGACGUCAAGUUCCGAGCCCUCGAUGGGAGCCUGCGCCUGGAGUCCUCCAAGAUACUUAUGCCCAACCUGAGGACGGCCCAGCCGCCCAUUCUGGGCACAGCCCAAAGCAGGGAUCACAUGCAUCGUGUCUUCCAGCUCUGCGCCUGCUCCAAUGGCAAGCUUUUCCUCGCGGCACCACACUCCAUAUGUGCCGGCGAUGAUUCCACGGUCUGCAGAUGAUUGCACGACUCGGCGCGCUGGCAGUCCACAUCCACAUCGUCCACAUCCGAUAGAUCCCGAUCCCGAUUCCGAUUUCGAUCCGAUACGGAUACGAAUACGGACACUGAUUAAGGAGCUGGGUCUCCGGAGUUCUGACAGACCGGUAUGCAAGUAUGCGAUUCAUGGCGAAACGCGGAGCAGACCACAGCCAUAGCCACACCCAUACGCACACGUUCAUGUUGAGUUAUUCAUAUGCUGACUGGAACAUAGGACGGUAUACCGUAUACCGUAUAUGAUAUACCAUAUACCCAAUUAGUGCAAAUCACUCACACACACACAUAUAGUAUAUGAUUAGCCAGGCGUACGCGUACAUCCUGCGUUCAUAAUCGUACAUAAUCGAUCAUACCCCCACACACUGUCGAGGGAAUUGUACCCAAACUCGAAGGACAAAAUCAAGAGCUUCUUAGACACUUGGAUGUUGUGUACUAGUAUAACGAAGGGCAUUUCGGAGACAUAGGCAUAGUACCCAUAGACCUAUAUAAUAUCACCAAGUCAACUAACUACUAAUGGAUUAAACAAAUAGACAGAUAUGAUGUCAUAGUCAAAAGUAGGAUGCCGUCAGAGUUGAGUCGAAUCUCACAUCAGUAUUGGCGUUACUUCUAUACCCCUCAGAAAUCAGAUUGAACGAAACUCGGUUAUAGUUCAGUUUUGGUAGAAAUCGCCACACACAGCUCGCCUUAUACAAAGAAAGUAUUUCUACUAGGUUUCGAUUAUGAAUAUACUCGUACGUUUCUUUUUACAACUCGGUUUUAUAAAUCAGUAAUCAUGGUUAUUCUUUAUAAUUGUUAAAUCUGACCCGAUUCCACAAAGCAGUCCAGAGAUAUUGUACAUAAGACUGUCCAACUCAUAGAACUCCAAUACUGCAUCAUCAUAGCAUCAAUCUCAGUACUAUACGAAUACGAAAACAAAUACAAAUACUGAAUACAAACUGAAUAGGACGUACUCAUAACCGUAUUCAUGUAGAUAAUAUCGCGGACAACCAAUGAAAUUUAGAAAAUGUUUAUACGAUAUCUACAUACUACGAUCAGAAUAUCCAAAAUCCGAAGCACACCGCUGGUAUCAAACACAAUACGAAGACAAUGAAUAUCAUCCAAUAAGUCGCAAGAGCUAUUUAUACCUAUACUAGAUACAGAUAUUAACAGAAAUUCGAGUAUGAGUAUCAAUAUGAAUACAGAAAUAAAUAUGGGUAAAUGAGUUUGAAUAUGGCUAUGGAUAUAAAUACGAAUAUAAAUAAAGAAUAUAAAUAUGAUUAUAAUUAUAAAUAUGAAUAUGAAUAUGAAUAGAGUUGAAUAUGAAAUUGCCGUUGAAUUUGUCAGGUGCGGAAGCACUGAUAUAUAGAUAUAUAUAUAUAAAUAAAUGAAUGUAUAUGUAUAUGUAUCAGUAUGUAUGUACACCAAAUGCAAAUGCUUUUAAAUGGACAUUAAGUAUAAUUUGUUGUUAAUUUUUUUUAGCACGAUUAGGAAACAUAAAACGUAAUAUAGGGAAAAUACAGAAUCAUAUAUCACAUAUAUUGUAAUACAGCAACAUACUUACAACAAAUACAUGCGUAAAGAACAAACUAAUCGCCCCAAUCAA